AUGUCAGGGAACAGGUUGUCCAGGCGUGCAAGAUCAGGGGCUGGCCCAGGUAUGACUGAGCCUCCUCAGGGUAAAGGCAUCCAUGUUUAUCUGUUCUGGUCGCCACAAGGGGAGAAAUAUCUGUCCCACACAAGCGGAGAGGUCACAGCAGAGGAUCUGUGCAUCACUGCUGCCGAGGCCGUAGGGAUAACACCUCUGUGCCAUGUGUUGUUUGCCCUGUAUGAACCACUGAAAAGCUGUUGGUACAGUCCAAAACAUAUUUUCAGGCCAGAUGAAAACUCCUCCCUUGUGCUUCACUACUGUAUGAGGUUUUACUUUCGGAAUUGGCAUGGACAGAACAAGAGCGAACCAACUGUAUCCCGUUACGGCCUCAGGUCUGGGUCAGAUCAGGGAGGUUCUCCGUUGUUGGAGAUUACAUCCCUGGAGUAUUUAUUCUCCCAGGCUAAAUAUGAAUUUGUGAAUGAAGUCGUACAAAUGGAAGACGUUAAGACAGAGGAAGAGCUGAGUCGCUUCAAAAAUGAGAGCUUGGGAAUGGCUGUACUUCACCUUUCACACCUGGCCAUGCAGACAGGCAGCACCCUACAGGAUGUUGCUGAAAAAGUCGGCUUCCUACGCUGCAUUCCAAGGUCUUUUGCCAAACACAUCUCCAAAGACAACUUCCUGACAAAAAUCAGGAUCCGGCGAGUGUUUGCAGACUUUGUUCGGACUUUCCAACAGCACACAGUGGAUAAGGGGCGACUGGGUGCCCAGGAGAUCAUGUAUAAGUACAUCUCAACUCUUGAACACUUGGCACCACGCUUUGGGACAGAGACUUUUUUCGUGUCUCACCUAGAAAUAAGGAAAGAUGGAGACGGAAGUAGCUCUUAUUCCAACAGCACUCAUGCCCAGGGUGUCUCAAAGGACAACUAUAGUGCACCUUCCACACAUGAAAUAAUGGUUUGUGGCCCCAAGGGAAUCCAGUGGAGGAAGGUCACAGCUCAAAAGGCUCAAGCAAACACAUACCUCAGGAAUGACUACAUGAACUACGUGAGAAUAACAAGACCUCAAUCCAGCCAAACAAAUGCGAAUGCUCCUGAUGAGUGGACCUCCUUCUGUGAUUUUCCUGAAAUUACUCACAUAGCCGUCACAGAAAGCAUCGUGUCCAUUAUCACUGAGGAUAACCGCUCCAUGGAGGUUCAGAUGAACUCCAGCCAGGAGGCUCGUUCCUUCAUCUCCCUUCUAGAUGGAUACUACCGGCUGACUGCAGACGCCCACCACUAUCUUUGUCAUGAAGUGGCUCCCCCAAGGGUAGAGCUGAGUGAAGCUAAUGGACUGCAUGGACCUAUGCAUGAUGAUUUCGUGCUACAGAAGCUGAAAAAGGAGGCAACAGAGGAGGGAGCUUUCCUUGUACGUUGGAGUGCUCUUGACUAUCGCCGCAUCAUCCUCGCCGUUCUGAACAAAAAUGAGAAUGGAUUGACACCGAGCCACAAGCAGUUUCGGAUUCAGCAUAAGGGUUCGGUGUUCUGUCUGGAGGGCUGGGAUAAAGAAUUCUCCAGUGUAAAGGAGCUCACAGACAGCCUCAAAACAUUUGUGCUCAAGUCUGGUCCAGACAGCUUUACUGUUAGAAAGUGCUGCUUGCCACGACAAGCUGAGCUCUCCAAUCUUCUGGUGAUGAGGCAAGGUAUCAGUCACCGUGUUCACAGGGACUCUCUGUCCCGGAACAUGACCCAGUUGCGCUUCCACCAGAUCAAGGAUAAAGAAAUUGUACAGGAACUGCAUUUGGGUCGUGGAACAAGAACCAACAUUUACUCAGGACGUUUGCUGGUGCAGGGUGGAGGGUUUAAUGAUGAGUAUGAUGAAUUCAACAACAACUUCACAGAUCUUAAAGGGACCAGAGUGGUUCUCAAAAUUCUAGACCAAAGCCAUAAGGAUAUUGCACUAGCAUUUUUUGAAACCGCAAGUCUCAUGAGCCAAGUAUCCCAUAGUCACCUGGUGUUUGUACAUGGUGUGUCUGUCAAAGGAUCUGAAAACAUCAUGGUUGAAGAAUAUGUGGAGUUUGGACCUCUGGAUGUUUUCCUUCGUAGAGAAAAAGCAUCAGUUACUCCUCAGUGGAAAUUUCUAGUUGCAAAACAACUUGCCAGUGCCCUUAGUUACCUUGAGCCCAAGCAGCUCGUUCAUGGAAAUGUCUGUGCCAAGAACAUCCUUGUGGCCAGGAAAGGUCUGGAGCAUGGUACUACUCCUUUUGUGAAGCUGAGUGAUCCAGGGAUUGCCCUAAAUGUCCUGUCACGGGAAGAGCGUCUGGAGCGUAUCCCGUGGAUUGCCCCUGAGUGCAUUGACAGUGGUGCGCCCAUUGGCAGUGCUGCUGACCAGUGGAGCUUUGGAGUCACACUGCUGGAAAUCUGCAACAACGGUGAUCUUCCAAUGAGUGCCAGCACAUUGGCUGAGAAAGAGCGCUUUUACCAGCAGAGGGGCCGUCUAGCUGAGCCAUCUUCCCAGGAACUGGCCAGGUUCAUCAGCAUGUGCUUGACCUAUGAACCCACAGAGAGGCCGUCAUUCCGUUGUGUGCUUAGAGAGCUCACUGAGAUCAUGAACAAGAAUCCUGAUAUAUCCCUGAGUAACCCGCUCCCUGGCAUGAACCAAAGUGUGUUCCAUAAACGCUAUCUGAAAAAGAUGAGGGACUUAGGAGAGGGUCACUUUGGAAAGGUGACUCUCUACAUGUAUGAUCCGGCCAACGAUGGGACAGGAGAGUGUGUGGCAGUGAAAGCUUUGAAACAAGAGAAUGGUCAUGUGCCUGAUGGCUGGAUGAAGGAGAUUGAGAUCCUGAAAUCGCUUAAUCACUGCAACAUUGUCAAGUAUAAGGGCUUGUGCACUGAACUGGGAGGACAAGUGGUGCAGCUAAUAAUGGAGUACCUUCCUCUGGGGAGUCUGCGAGAGUAUCUUUCCAAACGAAAGCUGGGUGUGCCCCAGUGCCUUCUUUUUGCUCAACAGAUCUGUGAGGGGAUGGAGUACUUGCACUCAAAGCGAUACAUCCAUAGAGACCUCGCUGCCCGCAAUGUCCUCGUGGAAAAUGACAGUUUGGUAAAGAUCGGAGACUUUGGCCUGACAAAGUACAUCCCUGAAGGAGAGAUCUACUACCGUGUGCGUGAGGAUGGAGACAGUCCUGUGUUUUGGUAUGCUAUUGAAUGCUUGAAAGAGAGCAAGUUCUCCUUUUCCUCUGACAUCUGGUCUUUUGGUGUGACAUUGUACGAGAUCCUGACCCGCUGUGACCAUCGCCAAAGCCCUCCAACAAAGUUCUUUGAAAUGAUGGAGUCGGCUGAGGGACAGAUGACUGUGAUGGUACUCAUCAAACUGUUGGAGAAACAGCUGAGAUUGCCUUGCCCCAAAGAAUGUCCACAUGAGGUGAAAAUCUUAAUGGAGCAGUGUUGGGCUGCAGACCCUUCAAAACGGCCACCAUUCAGUUCCCUCAUCGAAAGGUUUAAGGGUAUUCGGCAAACAUAUGACUGGCAGCCUAACAUAAACUUCUCCUUGGCUCAGAUCUGCUGAGAAGGCCUGCUCGUAGCACUAUGUAGCACUAUGGCAGUUAUAUAGUGUGUUUCCUACAGUUCGAUGCAUGUACUUACAUAAAUGUGUAUAGGCUUCCUUUUGAUAAAAGUAUACUGUGGUUCUUUCACCUCUUAUAUGGGAUAUUAACACAAGAGUAAAAUCAAUUUGUGGGUUUUCUUUUUGGUUGACAAAUUAACCCAUAAAGACCCAAACAGCCACUGGCGACGAAUACCAUCUACUGAUCUAAACUGUUUAAUACCUGUCCAUCUACUAAUCCUAUCAGUACAUUUUAAAAAA